AUGGCAGCUGUCACCCGCCAGCCGUUCGCGCCCCUUGACGGGACACGACUUCAGAGCCUGACAAGCGCGAGAAACCAGCAAGCCUCCAUCCCAUUAUCAUCUCCUGGAAAGCGCAAGGCCGCCGACUUUCUCAACGUCGAUGAUUUCGAGAAUGUCGACCCGGCGCUCCUCUUCUCCAAACGGUCAAAGGGCAGCACCUCGGAUGGGGCUAGCAAGGACUUCUUCAAGCCACCAACAUUCAUCAUCACCAAAUCCUCUUCUACUUCGGCGUUACCCAGCAGUAAGGAUGGCAUCUCUGCUUCAGUCUUCAGCAGCCCUCUCAAGGGCGGUGCAUCGCCACGCGUGCGGUCCAUUUUGAACCCAAAAUCGCCGGCCAGGAAGCUCAGUAGUCUUGCUCGCGGCCCAAGCUCUCCCAUGUCCGCACCAGCAGGCCGCUCGCCAACUCGUGGCAACAAGCGCAUCGGUAUCCUCAACAGACGCCGAACAGGAACCUUCACUCGAAUUGACCCACCAACAUUCAGCCUGUCGUCGACACCAUUCUCUCUCGAGGCUGCCAUCAAGGGUACGGUCCCAAGCUAUGCCGCGCGAACGCCAUCCUCUACCAAAGCCAGCUCCGCUACAUCAUCGUCCCUAUCCCUGUCGAAUUCCGAUGAUUUCUAUGGCUUGAAUGUGAAAUCUUCGUGGGAAUUCGACAUUCAUGAGGACACCCCUGAACAGGAGAUGACCAACCUUCUGCAGCACAGCACAUGUCGGCUUGAUAUUAGCAGCGAUGAGGAGUGCCAGCAGAAGUUGGGGAGGGAGAAGGCUGAGGGACGGGGCAAGGAGAACGUCCCACCCGCUGAUGACAUUUCUCAAACCUCGGCCCGUAGAGCGACCGCAAUCAGUGAAGGCGGCAUGGAGUAUGAGAAACCCCGCACAGCCCUUGGUGAUCUGAACGUGGAAGACUUUUACGCCGAGGGCUGUGAUCCCACAUCUGUUUUCAUUGUCCCAGAGGACGAGGACGACGGCACAGUAGUGGAUGGGGAGCAGUCAGAGAAGCGUCGAGAGGAGGAUGUUGCCCAGGAGCUGAGUCUCGAGACCAAGGCCAGCAUGGAGGCAGCCGCUGAGCCAGAAGAUUCAGAAGAGCUGGUCCAGCUGGCGACCCUCCAGCCUGUAGAGGGCACAGGUGAGAGCUUCGAUCUAUGGGAAAGCUCCAGCGCUAAGGAAGAGGGCGACGGUGCGCGAUCACCCAGCCCGAUGCCUGCUUCUCCUGCCUCAGAAACAGGCGAGGACUUUGGUGAUGAGGGCUGA